UCAUUUAUGAUUCCAACUUUUUUGUCAUUAUUAUUCUCUAUUAUUUUUAGUGGCCGAAUCUUACUUCAAACAACACCCACGCAUUUGAUCGGCCAGCUGGACAAAGCAUUGCGAGAGGCAUCUACUCUAGAUGGCGUUCUAGAACUGAAGAGUGAACAUUUUUGGACAGUUGGUUUUAGCCACAUGGCUGGGAGCCUGACGGUUCGCGUUCGCCGAGAUGCUGAUGAACAGCUUGUCUUGGCCCACGUAACUAAUCAACUCUCUGGUCUCGUGCAGCGACUAACUGUACAAGUGAGAUCACAUUUCCUGCUACUCUCCUCUCCCUAUUCCUUCAUUAUUUUUAACUUAUCUAAUUACAUGAGUUCCCUUUUGUCGUCCGUGCCUUAUUAUUUUUUGUAUAUAAUAACUUCUUCGGAAUUUGUGCCUAGAUUUUAA